AUGCAAGGCUAUUGGACUCAUUCGUCUCGGCCCGCUCUAGAGCGAAGGGCUUCCAGUGGCCAGGCCGACAAUACUUGGAAGAAAGUGAAAGGCAGAACAGGAAAGGGCCUUGUGACAGGGCUCAAGAAUGCACAGAAAGGGAGAGUAACAGGAGAGGGAAAUGAGAACUUGGUAAACGGCUUGGUAAAAUUGUUGAAGAAACCUCGACGUCUGGCUGGCAUAAAUGGAACCCAAGAGCCGACGCAAGGGGAAACCUCCCAAAUGAGGGUCUAG